AUGCCUUCGACGUUCCUUCUCCAGGCCCACAAUCCCAUGCUGGUGAGAAAAACGUGCAAGCUCGUGUGGGGGGGGGGGGGGGGUUGCGGUCCUCCGGUGAGAGUCGAUCAUGUAAGACAAGGCGCGCCAUGCCCCGGGCCAACCAACAGGAAGCAGACCUUGAGGCUCAAUAACGGCCGCUAUGGAUACAGCGGCGAACUUGCACAAUAUUCAAGCAACCAAAACCGAAGGUGGUGUUGCGCCUCCGAAGCGGACUCUGUCGACUCCACCCCGCCCAUACCCGCCAAGGCACCACGAUCCGGCCGCGCUCCGAGUAUUCGUCUUCCAAGCCUCUUGGCCUCCGAACAAUUUCAGUCGCUCUUGGACCGGCUCACAUUUAUACUGCAAGUGCUCAGGACUCAGACAGGGCGGCUCGGCUGGCCAAGUGGCGCGUUCCCUACGGACCUUGAGAAGAGACGUAGGACCUUGAUUCUUGUGACCGACGUAGGAGAAAUACAGUGCGGUACAAAUACGCCGGUACGUAUGCGUUUUGUCUAUAUUCACUACUCUACAGCUCCUCCAGUCCCGACGGCAUUGACGGGACUGCGAGAAAAUGGAAUUGCGAAACGGUCAUUGAUUGGACUCCCCCGUGCGACGACUAACGAACCGCACACGCGAUUUGAUUAG